AUGCUCACUUUGACUGUUUGUGUGAAAACAUCCUACUCUAGCUUUCAAAGAAGACUGCAGGACACAACAGCUGCUAUGGGCUCCAUAGAGGAACAGCACACGUGCCCCAUGUGUCGUGAUCUAUUUGGUCGAGCUCAGCCCUUCCCCUGUGGCCACAGCUUUUGCCCGACCUGUGCACAAGAGGCUUGGAGCCAGAACAAUGGCUCUGGCAAGCGGAGAUUUGUAUGCCCACAGUGCCUGGAGGAGCAGGGAAUGGUGCUGUGUGACUGUUGUCCGGAAGAAGAAGGCGACGAGGCUCAAGAAGCAGUGAAGACCUGCCUGAAUUGUGAGAUCUCACUGUGUGAGCAGCAUAUGCAGCCACAUCUGCAACGUCCCGUUUACAGCACUCACCUGUUGGUGGAGCCGCUGAUGGAGGUGUCCCGCCGAAGGUGUCCAGCCCAUCAGGAGGUGUUCCGCUAUUACUGCAUGGACGAUGGGCAGUAUGUAUGUGCUGACUGCAUCCUGGAAGGACAACAUACUCAACAUCAGGUCAAAGGGGUGAGAAAAGUGGAAGAGGAGUAUAAAGUCAAAUUGCAGAGCCUGUUCGAGAAAGCAGAAGAAAAAAUAAAGCAGGGUGAAAUGAUGCUAAAAGAACAUCAGAGUGCUGGUCGAACAAUCAUAGAGGACUCCUCUGUGAGUGACGUUUCUCAGGUGUUACAGAUGGGCUCAGCUCUGCAGGCUCAGGUGGGCCGACUGGUAUCUGCUGUGAUAAAAAUCACAGAGCAGGAGAGGCAUAAGGCAAUGGAGAGAGUGCAGGAAGACUGCAGCCGAGUGAAGGGAGAUCUGAAUCAAACUGAGAACAUCCACCACUUCCUCGGCUCCCUGCUGGAAGAGAGCGACCCCUUCCUACUAAUCUGGGCAUUCCAGACAGAGGAUUCACAGAUGAUGUUAGAUCUCAGCUCACCUCUGUUCACACCACCGCAGCCCAGCAUGGAUAAGAAACGUGUCUUAGAGAAUGUGGAAAAUAAAUACAGAGAGUUCAUAGCUGACACUCUGCGCUGCCUUAUUGAGCUCAAGAGAGAUCUCUUAAGCAGCCCAUUAACCUUGGACAAAAACUCAGCUCAUCCUCUCCUUCACAUCUCUGAAGACCUGCGGUCAGUGAGGAGGGCGCCAACCCGUUUGCCUGUCCCUGAUCAUCCUGACCGCUUCGACCAUUGGUCUCAGGUGCUCUCCUGUCAGAUAUUUUCUUCAGGAACCCAUUACUGGGAGCUGGAGGUGGAGGGUUUCUGGGAUAUAGCAGUGACCUACCACUGUAUUGGGAGAAAAGCAAAAGAGGGCACGGCCUUUGGCUGCAACAAGAUAUCCUGGAGCCUGACACAACAGCAUGAUAGGAAACUAUCAGCCUGGCAUAACCGGAAGAAAACACACCUCUCCGCAAAAAUGUCUGGCAAUCAUUUAGCAGUGGCUCUGGACUAUGAUUCUGGCUCCAUCACCUUUUCAGAAGUCGGACCAUCUUCCACCUUGCUGCCCCUUCAUAACUUCAGCAGCAGCUUCACCCAGCCCAUCUGCCUCGGCUUCGGCCUUUACAAACCAGAACUAAACAGCAGAGUCACCAUCCUCAAGAAAAUAUGA